AUUUCUUAUAAUUUGAAAUUAAAAAACACUGAUCACUGUUAGAAUAACCCGAUUUUACUGAACAUAUUGAUAUAACUGCUAAAGCGGGCAAAAUGUUCACCGACAAAGUUGUCCUGAUCACUGGCGCCAGUUCAGGGAUCGGCGCCGAAACUGCCUUGGAGUUUGCCAAAUUAAAUGCAUCUCUAGUAAUAACUGGAAGGAACCAGGAAAAUCUGUCCAAAAUUGCCAAACUAUGCGAAGAGAAUUCACCAGCUAAACAAAAACCUCUCGUAGUUGCCGCUGACAUGACAAAUGAAAAUGAUGUCAAGAAAAUUAUAGACGAAACUAUUAAAAUGUUCCAGAAACUUGAUGUUCUUGUGAAUAAUGCUGGCGUUUUAGAAUCGGGGACAAUAGAGACAACUUCGUUGGCACAAUAUGACAGAGUCAUGAACACGAACGUCCGCUCACCUUAUCAUCUUACGACGAUAGCGGUGCCAUAUCUUUUGCAAACUAAAGGGAACAUCGUAAACGUAUCGAGCGUGACGGGUUUACGAUCUUUUCCGAACGUGCUUGCCUACUGCAUGUCGAAAUCUGCUUUGGACCAGUUCACAAGAUGUGUAGCUCUUGAGCUAGCACCAAAAGGAGUUAGAGUUAAUGCUGUUAACCCUGGAGUGAUAACAACUGGCUUGCAUAAGAAAGGAGAGGGCAGCAUGAAUGAUGAGCAAUAUGAAGCGUUUAUAAAGAAGUGCGCUGAAACGCACGCUUUGGGACGACCUGGAGAUGCGAAGGAAGUAGCGUCAGUUAUUAUUUUCUUGGCCAGUGAGGGUGCUAGUAACAUUACUGGAGCAACUCUACCCGUUGAUGGUGGACGCCAUGCUAUGUGUCCUCGUUAAUUAUAACAGGUAAAGUUGUCAUAUCAACUUUCAAGUACAUUGUGAUACGAGAUUGAUGGAGCUUAUGGAAACAUAAUUAGUCAGUAUCAAACAAGCUAUUUU